AUGGAGGCUGUGUACCUGGUGGUGAAUGGAGUGGGCCUGGUGAUGGAUGUGCUGACCCUGGUGUUGGACCUCAACUUCCUGCUGGUGUCCUCUCUUCUGGCUUCCCUGGCCUGGCUCCUGGCCUUCAUCUAUAACCUGCCGCACACGGUACUUCUGCACUUGGGCGGUGGAGUCCUGUUUUCACUGCUGGCCUUGAUUGAAGCCUUGGCGCGGUUCACCUUGGGAGGCCUGCAGGCCUUGUGCACCCUGCUCUACAGCUGCUGCUCUGGCCUGGAGAGCCUGAAGCUCCUGGGGCAUCUGGCUUCUCAUGGGGCCCUGCGGAGCCGGGAGAUACUGCAUCGGGGCAUCCUCAAUGUGCUCUCUAGUGGCCAUGCUCUGUUGCGCCAGGCCUGUGACAUCUGUACCAUUGCUAUGAGCUUGGUGGCCUAUGUGAUCAACAGCCUGGUCAACAUCUGCCUCAUCGGCACCCAGAACCUCUUCUCCCUGGUGCUGGUCCUGUGGGAUGCAGUCAUGGGGCCUCUGUGGAGGAUGACAGAUGUGAUGGCUGCCUUCUUGGCCCACAUUUCCAGCAGUGCUGUGGCCAUGGUCAUCCUGCUUUGGACCCCCUGUCAGCUAGCACUGGAGCUGCUAGCCUCAACUGCCAGCCUCCUGGCCAGCUUUGUGUUUGUCAAUCUCACUGGUCUAGUUCUGCUGGCUUGUGUGCUGGCAAUCAUGGUGAUUGUGUUGCACCCAGACCUCCCCCUGAGGCUGGCCACCCAGGUCCUCAGUCAGUUCCAUGCCUGGCCAUCCUACCACCGGCUCCAAGAGGAUCUUGUGUGGCUGUCUCACUUAGUGAUGGGCUUGGAGACCUGGCGCCGAGUCUGGAGCCAUAGCUUGCAGCUGGUGAGCUGGCCAAAUCGAGCAGGGGCCCCUGGGGCCCCCCAGGGUGGCCUUAGGAGGGUGGCCUCAGACAGGACCUGGGGACAGGAGACUCCUCCUGAAGCAGUGCCCACAUCAGAGACAGAAGAAGAGGAGGUCAGAGUGACAGCUGCCCGGGGUCAAGAGAGACUCACUGAGGAGGAGCCUGUAGCUGGGCAAGACCCAUGGAAGUUGUUGAAGGAGCAGGAGGAGCGGAAGAAGUGUGUCAUCUGCCAGGAUCAGAGCAAGACGGUGCUGCUCUUGCCCCGCCGACACCUAUGCCUGUGCCAGGCCUGUACUGAAAUCCUGAUGUGUCACCCCAUCCACUACCGCAACUGCCCUCUCUGCCGCCGAGGCAUCCUGCAGACCCUCAAUGUCUACCUCUGA